GGGAUUAUCAAAAGGGUUAACAAAAGAGUGUGUUAAGCAAAGAGUGGUCCACCUUACAUCGCUUUAAUUUGCCUCUCUAAUCAUGUUUUAGUUGGGAUUUAAUUUUGGUUUUGACAAUCUAACUCUUCUACCUAAAGCAUCAAAAGAAAUUUUUUUUCUCCUUUUUGUUUUUCAAUAGAUUUUUAGUUUUUAAGUUUGAUGUUAUUUUCAUUAUUAGAGUAAAAUCUAUGCACAUAUAAAUAUCAGCAAGAGAGACUGUAGUGUCUGUGUGUCUGUAUACACAGCCGCAGCUGGCUCUGUAAAUUGGAAAUUGGAAGGCAAAGGCAAAACCCAGAAAUGCAGUAACCAUUGAAGAAGAAGAUAAAACAGUCUUCUUUUGGGUCAUUCUGAUAACAUUAGUAUGGACCACGAAAAUGAUAGCGUUGUGAGUAGCUUGAACGGGGUUUCACAAGAUUCAACUAAUGAGGCUAAUACGAACCGAGGUGUUGAUCAUGAUCAUAUCAAUGUGGAGGGAGAAACAAAUAUGCCAACAGAGAAUUUGGAAGUGAAGGAAUACACAAUGUUAAUCGAGAGCUCUAAACUUUCUGAAGUCAGAAAUUGCGAGGAUGGUGAUGGGGCGAGCUUAAAGUGUGAGAUCGUGUUGCCCGAGAAGGAGAUUGAAUCUGAAGUUUCAAAAGCAGCAGAAGAGAGUAAGAGCUCGAGAGCAUCUCUGAAAGCUGUAAACAAAACGGGUUCUGGAAACUGCAAAACGAAGUGCACUGUCCCGCAGCCAUUUGCUCUGGCAACUGAAAAGCGGGCUUCCAAUGGAACUCGUCCUGUUGGAAAUGAUGCUGACGCUUCGCAAGAUCCAACUCCAACCAAACAAAAUCAAUUAGUAUCUCCCGGGACUACCAGGAAGCCACUGCAACCUGAUAACAAGAAGCACCCUGAUGACGAGAACUCAUAUGCAGUCACUACAUUACGGGGACGAAAGCCCAGAAAAGGUACUGCAUUAGUUCCAACGUUUAGAAGCACUGAACGGGCAGAGAGAAGGAAGGAGUUUCACACGAGAUUGGAAGAGAAACAUCAAGCUUUAGAAGCUGAGAGAAUUCAAUGGAAAGCAAGGACAAAGGAAGAAUGUGAAGCAGCAGUAAAGCAACUGAGGAAGAGUUUGGUGUUUAAGGCCAAUCCAAUGCCAAGCUUCUACCACGAUGGACCACCACCUAAGGCUGAACUAAAAAAGCAGCUACCACCAACUCGUGCAAAAUCACCCAAAUUAGGCAGAAGGAAGUGCUGUAAUAUUCCACCCGGUUCAAGGAAACAGAUUGAAGACGGUGAUCACAGAACUCGUCACAAUCUUGGUGGUUAUAGAGACAGUGCAACCUUUGCUUCAACAAACGGAAGACAUCACAUCGGUGUCCAAAACUCAGCUACAUUCAAAUAUAAAGACGAGUCCAAUCACGAAGAGGAGACGAACGAGUCACAUAUGACUAAGAUCCACCAAGAAAUCGAAGUCAAUAUUACUGUUCAAUCUUGAGCCUAUGAAUGUGUACUGAAAGGUACUGGAGUUGAAGUUAGAGAGGCCUUUUUGACAGGCACAGGGUGUGAUCCAAUAAUACAUAGUUGACAUACAAAAGUAUGGCAUUAAAAUACACUCAUACUUGUCAACUUUUCAACUCAAGGUAGGUAGAUACCGAAGAAAUUGGGCAUUUUUCUGGUGCUGUAAUUGUGUAACAGCACCAAGGAAGUUCAUCCUUAGCUUUUUCCUUAGAUUUUGCAUCUGUGCAUGAUGUUGACAGUUAGCAGUUUGAAAAAUUGAUCUCUUCUUUUGA